AUGAACGGCAAUCCGUCGACUUCGAAAAGAAGCCAACCACAACGACCCCGGCACGCCUCUUUACCGCCAUCAGAAGAAGAUGAAGAUCCCCCGUCGCCGAAUUCAUUCACUCAUCGACGAACAGACACCAGAUUUCCCACUCAUGUCAAUGAGGAGGUGUUUGGACACAAUCGCUUUCCCACGGGCACAAAUGAGGAGCUGUUUAUGAGCGUUGAUCGAUGGGACAAUAACAAAGAUUUGACGCAUUCAACUGGUUUUCCCAAUCAGCCACGAGUCAAUUGGAGGACGUCGAAUGAAGAGCAACAACAUUCUGAAAAUCGUUCUUCAAAAAAUAAUUGUCUACGACUUCUUAACGACAUUCGAAGUAAAUGGACAUGGAAACACUAUUUGGCAGCCGGUUUUGUGGUUUUCUUGGUGAUGGCUCUUUUAAUCACAGCCAUUGUGUUGUUAGUCGUUUUAAAGAAAGGAAGUGGAGCCACGAAUAAGAAUAUCUUCAGCACGAAAGCACCUCCCACAACUCCAGUGGUGCCCCGGGGUGGAUCAGGCUAUGUGCGAGCGCUCGAGAUGAACGUUUUUAAAGUGAACGAGUCAAUCGAAUCACUGACUCCAGUUUACGAGGAACCCGGGCUAUUCUUUGGGCUCCUAAAAGAUCAAAUCUAUCUCUUCAACGUGUCCGAAGAUUCCCCAAAAGUCGUUGGAGCCGACAUCGACCGGCAAAACGCCUCAAAUUGUCGUCUUUUAUUCGCCGAUUUGAAUUGCUUCGAGCAAUCCUACUGUAAUCGAUCACAACUCAUUUAUUGCUGUUUUUUCGAUUUCCCAAAACAAUCUGAAUUUUGUUCUUUCGCCGGGAAUUUGCAUAGUGAUUAUGAAAUGAUUUCUUCAUAUCGAUACAAUGAAACGAAAGAGUUGCAUUUGGCGACAAUUAGCGGAUUAAAUGAGGCGACAAUCGAUUACGAAAAGGAUACGUAUCCAGGAAAUCAACGAGGCCCAAAGCAGUGUGCUUCAUUUGGCGACAAGAGAAUUCUCGCAGCAGGCGCUGCUUUCAAACCCAGCAGUCCUAUGGUAAAUCUUCUGGCAGCAGUAUCCGACACUGGCGAACUUUACAUCAACUAUCGAGACGAUACAGAAGGGCAAAUCAAUGACUUUUCAAAAACGAACACUUUCGAAGCGUGUUUCUCUGAUUCGGCUUCAGUUUUCGCAUCGUUUCCCGAGAAUUCGACCAUUUUAGACAUUUCAGUCGACUUUUUCGAUCCAAAUUUCUAUAUUGCUGUGACAUCCUAUAGUGCCUUGGGUGGGCAGGUGCACAUCGUCGCCGAGCGAAGUCUUCGCGCUGAUCGCUUUCGGGUGAUCGGCUUGACC